CUCCGCGUGUGUGUGCUUGGGCGCACGCUAGCCUGCCUGCCCGCCGCUCUGCCCCUUCCCACUCCCUCAUGCUACCGGCGGCGUUGCACGCCCACGUGUCUCGCGUGUCCGUGCGUGUGCACGCGUGGGGUGUGCGGGUACGUACACAUGAGAGGAGAGGAGCGAGGGGAGGCGAGACGGUCACGUUUGUAGGAAGUGCCAGAAGUCGAUGCAAAGUGUGAAAGCAAACUCUGCCAUCUCUUGGACUGCUACAAGUGGACAGACCGCCUCGCAUAAUGCCAACUUUUGAUGAGGUUUUGAAGGAAGCUGGGGAAUUUGGAAGAUUUCAAAAGAGGGUCUUUUUCCUCCUUUGCCAGACGGGCAUAACUUUUUCUUUCCUGUUCGCCAGCGUGGUUUUCCUUGGGCAAACACCCGACAACUACUGGUGCAGGAUCCCUGGGGCAGCUGAAUUAAGUGAACGAUGUGGCUGGACACUGGAAGAGGAGCGAAACUUCACGGUACUGCCCCUGCUCCUGGGGAAUGCAUCCUCCAGUGGGCAAUGCGAGAGGCUGGACAUCUCAUGGGACGGCUCCGUCAGCUGCACCAGCCCGCUCGCCCACUACAGCAAUCACAGCGCUGGCAACCUGCCGCUCGCUGCCUGCCACCAUAACUGGGUGUAUGAACAUCCCCACUCCUCCAUCGUCAGCGAGUAUAACCUUGUGUGCGGCAAUGCCUGGAUGCUGGAUCUCUCACAGGCUGUCCUCAAUCUGGGGUUUCUGGCUGGUGCGUUCACCCUGGGCUACGCUGCAGACAGAUAUGGCAGAAUCCUCAUCUACUUGCUCUCCUGUCUUGGGGUUGGGAUAUGUGGUGUUAUAGUGUCAUUCGCACCAAACUUUACUGUAUUUUUGAUCUUCCGUUUUCUCCAAGGCGUGUUUGGCAAGGGAACAUGGAUGACAUGCUACGUGAUCGUGACGGAGAUCGUUGGUUCUGACCAGCGGAUUGUUGGGAUUGUGAUUCAGAUAUUCUUCACCCUGGGAAUUAUGAUUCUGCCUGGAAUUGCAUACUUGGUUCCCACCUGGCAGGGGAUCCAGCUGGCCAUUUCACUGCCUAACUUCCUCUUUCUGCUCUACUACUGGGUGGUUCCUGAAUCUCCACGUUGGCUCCUGACACGCAAAAAGGGAGACAAGGCAUUAAAAAUCAUGCACAACAUUGCAAAACACAAUGGGAAAUAUCUCUCACCACAUUACUCAGAGAUCACUAUUAGCAAUGAGGAGGUCAGCAACCCCUCCUUUCUUGACCUGGUGAGGACUCCGCAGAUGAGGAGGAACACGCUUAUCCUGAUGUAUGCUUGGUUCGCAAGUGCGCUGAUCUACCAAGGGCUUGUCAUGCGCCUAGGAAUUGUUGGAGGAAACCUCUACCUAGACUUCUUCAUCUCAGGAGCUGUGGAGCUGCCUGCUGCUCUCUUAAUUUUAGUGACAAUUGAUCACAUUGGCCGGCGCCUUCCCUUUGCAAUAAGCAGCAUUGUGGCAGGAAUUGCAUGCCUUAUUACUGCCUUCUUGCCAGAAGAUAUUCCAUGGCUCAAAACAACAGUUGCCACUCUGGGAAGACUGGGCAUCACAAUGGCUUUUGAAAUUGUCUAUCUUGUAAACACUGAAUUGUACCCUACGACAUUGAGAAACUUUGGUGUUUCCCUGUGCUCGAGUUUGUGUGACCUAGGUGGGAUCAUAGCCCCAUUCCUGCUUUUCCGAUUAGCAGCCAUUUGGUUGGAGCUACCUCUAAUUAUUUUCAGUAUACUUGCAGUUGUCUGUGGGCUCCUAGUAUUGCUUUUACCAGAGACAAAGGGAAUUUCCUUACCAGAGACAGUGGAGGAUGUGGAGCAGCUUUCAAGUCAUUUUGGUAAAUGUGGCAAGAAACGGAAACACCGGGACACCAACUCUUAUAUUUGACCUUUGAAGGACAGCACUGAGCAAAGAACCGUGUUCUCAAACCGGGAAUUUGUUCUCCAACUGCCACCACUUCAAAAUUUGCUGCAGAGUAUGGAUUAAACUCCAUAUUUUUCUUCUAAGCAUAAGGACAUUUAAAACAAACAGUGUAUUUUUCUAUAAAUAUGGAAUAAAUUCACUUUUUUUUCUGAGUAUGCUGUUUGCAGGAAAGGGAGCACUCUGUGGUUCUUGAUAGAGAACAGCUUUAAAAAGAUGCACUAUCCAGCUCAGUGAGCUCUUAUUUAUUUUGUUACACAUUUGAGCUAUUUGUUUAUUUCUAUUGUUAGCAUAUACCGUUAAGUAGGGAUGGUUUGAAACAGUACUGCUUGUUUAAGAUUUGGAUGAAUUUGAGGAGGAGAAGAUGAGUAUUUCAACCUGUUCUCCUUUGCCACUGGAGAAUCUGGACAAAUAGAAGAUCUGGUGGCUCAGAAAGGAGGAUACUGGUCAGGGUGGCUCUUUCUCUGGGAGAGGUGGCAAUCAGGGACGUGCAUCAGGAGACCCUUGCCCUGGUCUGCUCCUCUCCCCCAGCCACAAAAGCCCUGCUUCCCUCCCUCUUCAAGGGCUUUCUAAAAUGUGGCAGCAGUCCUCCUCCUCUCCUUUGCAGGUCUUUGUGUAGGUGUCACAUCCUACACAAGGCAUUAGCUCUGCAGGUCAGAUUGUCCUGCUGCCCACUAGUGGCUUCCCCCAGACCCAACUGGGGUUCACAUGACACCCCUUCGUCCUGUCGCCUGGUCAGGCUUCCCCAUAACUCUGAGGGAAGGACUUUCUGCCUGCUCUCUCUUGUGAGCAGAUAGCAGGGACAGCCUGCCUUUCCUUUCAGCUGUGUGACCUUCUUCAUCAAACAUUGGGUCCUGGCCACUGACAGGUAAACAGUAGACAUCACAGUGAAGGACUUGAAAAGAUGUAGUGUGAAAAAGGUAUCCUGUAACCAACAGAGAAUUAAAUAAACAAAAGAAAGCCAAUAAGCUCUUGUAAAUGGCCUUAUAAAGUCAGAAAUAGCAUAUUUGGCAUAAGCACUUAUACGACUGAAUUUUGAAGGUUCAUACCCCAAAAGAGUAGUGCUAACAUUACAGUCGGUGCUGCUGAAUGACUACCGUUCCAGUCUCACCAUCUUAAGAACACAUAUGUGCAGGUGCCUGCACAGGGGGAUUUUCUAUGGUGUGGAGCACACUGUGCAUUUCAACAGUUCCCGACCCUCCCUGCCUUUUCCCAGCAACUGCCCCUACCACCAGCCCUGCUGGAGGAAAACAGGACCUUUAGGAGCAAUCUCUGUCUAAUGUUUGCAUACUUCCAGCAGUUAACAAUAAAGGGCUGUCUUUCAAGGCUCUUUCUAACUUCCUCUGAGGCAUAGCUAAAGGUCGAUGGGAUGCUUAGCAAAACUCAGUAGUGAUUGAAAGAUAUGAAACUAAAUGAGCAUCUCAUAAUAUAUCUGGCUAAUUGGUGGUAUCUAGAAGACAACCCAAAACUGGAGCUACUGCUGCAGGGAGAAAACUCCUCCUACACCAACCAGUCUUCUGCAGAUAGCUGUAAACUCCCUGAGGCUGGCUGGCAGACACCAGUCCUGAACUGGAAGCUGUGGGCUUGCACCGGCCAGGUGCCACAUUUCAGCGCAGAGUGGGAGCGCGGGCACCUGGCCGCAGAGCUCAGACCUGCCUUCCUUGUACCCAGCCAGCCCGCACCGCAGGCACGGCCCCCCGAGAGCCAGGCUGAGGAAAUCACAUGCAACGCUGUAUGAGCUGGGCCUCCCUCUUCCUUUUAAUAUUUCUUCUUUGUGAAUUUAAAAUUUUAAAAAUUGUUUUCUUAAACACUGCAGCAGUCUGAGAAGGACUAUGGAGGUCAUCUAAAGCUACAGCUUCCCAAAGAAAUGUCAAUAUUAUUUGCCAGCUGCUGCUGUUUGUGGACAACUAAAAUGUGUUGAGAACUCAGAGACACGAAGACUUGCUUCCGGCCUUUCAGACUGUUCUUUGUUUUGCAUAACAUCAUAUGUUGCUCAGAAGAGAAUAUAAGUGAAAUAUUUCAAUAUGUAAAAUGGCUAGGAGCCGUGUCAGAAGUUCGGAUGCAUUUAUUUUCUAAAAAUUCAUAUGUAAAGGACAGCAGGAAAAAGCCUGUGUAUGUUCUGACUUCUAAUAUGAUAAUACUUAACAACUUCAGGUAGAGUUUGUAUUUGGUAAUAACUCCUGUGUUAACUCUUACCCUUAACAAAGGGAUUUUGCAAGAUGGCAAUAUUUAUUGCCAUUGUCACUCUCAGAGAAGGAAAAGAUCACAAUUUACACACUUCAAGAGGUUAUGAGGUGGGACUUCUGUAGCUGCUCAGGUGUGUCCAGGCAUCUCUGGUGGGUUUGGCAAGGACAUCAGGAGUAGGUUUGUUUGCUUACAAGUCAAGUAUUAACCAUGUCUUCAGGAGUUCACAUUUGAAAAGCUUUACAAAUCAAAGACCAAGCUGCAACACAGAAUUUCUGUUGUCAGGGAAGUACUGUGCAUAUUUCUUGGCUGACUUAAUGAUCCAAAUAAAUAGAUACAGAAAAGAUGCAGGAGGGUAUUUGUGCUCAGUGAAUUGCACACCCCCCCCCUCCCAGAUGGGUGGGGAAUGAUUUAGCAGAGCUGUUCCUACUCAGGAAGACAAUACCCUGAGAUCAUCACUUCUCCCAGAAUCAUACUUGAAGUGUAGAAGCUGCAAAAAUCACCCUGCCACCUAACUCUGUUUUAUAGCUCGUAUCUCCCUUUAUAGCCUAUGGGAGGAAAAAAAAACCCAAAACCAAAAAAACAACUCCUAGGAUGCAAUCCACCCCUUUUG